GUUAAGCAUGGCGGAUGUUAGACACGUGUGCUGUAUGUGCGGUGACAUCGGCUUCUCCGACAAGCUCUUCCAGUGCCUUCGUUGCCUCUAUCGCUUCCAACACUCUUACUGCAGUAACUAUUACCGUGAGGAAUCAUCUACCGAGCAAACCGCCGGCCUUUGCGACUGGUGCAGAAGCGAGGAGCACAGGGCCGACGGCCGGGGCGGCUGGCCGCCGCAGGUAAUAAAGCAGGCAAGCAGGGUGGCGAUCGUGUUGACGGUAGCGGGAGCACAGGCAGAGGACGGAGCUCCGGUGUCGGUCCGCCGUCGACCUCCUCCUCCUCCUCCUCCUCCGCCAAACAGUCCGGUCGGCGGUAUAAGCUUCUCAAGGACGUACUGUGCUAAUCCCCCCCACUCAGGAAAAAAUAUCACGUACGUGUAAUCCACUCAUACGGAUACGUGCGGAUUAUGAGAACAGAUAGAGAGUCUCUCUCUACUCUCUCUCUCUAAAUCAUAAAUUUUUUUUUUUUUGUGUUCAUGAAG